AUGGUGCACACUAGUAAUGAUAGUAAUAAUGCUACGAUUUACGCCCCCGAUUCUACAAGUCCUCUUUUCAUCCAUUCUUCUGAUAUUCCUGGUCCAUGCUUUGUUGGUACUCCAUUUUCUGGGUCGGGUUAUGGCGGUUGGAAGAGAGGUAUGACAGUGUCUCUCUCUGCUAAAAAUAAGAUUGGACUGGUGGACGGUUCAUGUCCUAAACCAUCUUCUGAUGAUAAUCCGGCUAAGAUUCGUCAAUGGGAUAGAGUUAAUAAUAUGGUAAUAUCAUGGUUGACAAGUUCUAUCUCACCAACCAUUGCUGAGAGUGUCCAGUACUCAGAGACUGCUGAGAGUAUAUGGAAACAAUUAGAGCGUCGAUAUGGAACUGUAAAUGGAACUAAAAUCUUUGAAAUAAAAAAGGAAUUGGCUUCUAUACAGCAGGGUUCUCUUGACAUUGCUUCCUAUUUUAACAAACUUAAAAAGUCUUGGGAUGAACUGGGGGCAAUUCGUAAGAGUCAUGGGAAGGAAUGCACUUGUGCUGCUAAAUCUGGGAUUGAAAAAGAUGAUGAAGAGGAUAAACGUCACCAAUUUCUCAUGGAUUUGAAUGACGUAUACGUGGGUGUUAGAAGUAAUAUGCUUAUGAUGCAUCCUCUCCCUUCUCUUGAUGAUGCUUAUAAUAUUCUUCUCCAAGAUGAGAACCAAAGACAAGUGCACUUCACUCCUAUGCUGAAUCCUGACUCUGCUUCCUUUAAUGCAAAUCUCAAUACUAAACCAAACUUCAACACUAGAUCACCACAACCUCCCUAUCAACCACCUAUUCCACCUAGGCAAUAUAAUCAGAAGGUCGACUUCAACCUCACUUGUCGGUAUUGCAAAAAACCUGGUCAUACAAUUGAUAGGUGCUAUAAACUCCAUGGUUAUCCACAAAACCAUAAGUUUUUUAAAGGGAGAAAGGUGGCUGCAAAUGUGAGUGGUGAUGUUGAGUCUCCAGAUCCUCUUCAGAGAUAG